UUGCGGCCAUACGCUACCGGUUUCCGGAGGCAGAGCCGAGUUUCUUUCUGUGCUGUUGGGGAAACUGAGGAGGUGGCGAGGCAAGACGGGGCCUGGCGGUGCCGUGGCAGAAGCGCGUUUAGUUGAGUUCUUGGAGGGGGAGACUGAGGCAGCACUAGGGGCUUAGACCGAGAGGGAAUCUCUCGGCGCCUCCGCCGCCACCACGGCCGCGAUGCUCAAUAUGUGGAAAGUCAGGGAGCUGGUGGACAAGGCCACCAAUGUUGUUAUGAAUUAUUCAGAAAUCGAGUCUAAGGUUCGAGAAGCAACCAAUGAUGAUCCAUGGGGACCUUCGGGGCAGCUCAUGGGAGAGAUUGCCAAGGCUACCUUUAUGUAUGAACAGUUUCCUGAACUCAUGAAUAUGCUUUGGACACGAAUGUUAAAAGAUAACAAAAAGAACUGGAGGAGAGUAUAUAAGUCUCUGCUGCUCCUAUCUUACCUCAUAAGGAAUGGAUCAGAGCGUGUUGUUACAAGUGCCAGAGAACACAUUUAUGAUUUGCGAUCCCUGGAAAAUUACCACUUUGUAGAUGAGAAUGGCAAAGACCAAGGUAUAAAUAUUCGUCAGAAGGUGAAAGAAAUGGUAGAGUUUGCCCAGGAUGAUGAUAGGCUUCGUGAAGAAAGGAAAAAGGCAAAGAAAAAUAAAGAUAAAUAUAUUGGGGUUUCUUCUGACAGUGUUGGAGGGUUCCGAUAUAGUGAAAGAUAUGAUGCUGAGCCUAAGUCAAAGUGGGAUGAAGAAUGGGAUAAAAGUAAAACUGGGUUUCCAUUCAGUGAUAAACUAGGUGAGCUGAGUGACAAAAUUGGAAGCACAAUUGAUGACACCAUCAGCAAGUUCCGGAGGAAAGACAGAGAGGAUUCUCCUGAAAGAUGCAGUGAUAGUGAUGAGGAAAAGAAAUCAAGAAGAGGUAAAUCCCCAAAAGGUGAAUUUAAAGACGAAGAGGAGACAGUGACGACAAAACACAUUCAUAUUACUCAAGCUACAGAGACCACCACCACCAGACAUAAACGCACAGCAAAUCCUUCCAAAACCAUUGACCUGGGAGCAGCUGCACAUUACACAGGGGACAAAGCAAGUCCAGACCAAAAUUCUGCAGCUCACACAGCAAAGGUUCCUGGCAGCAAAUCAUCUAAUGACCUGGUUGAUCUUUUAUUUGAUGGUGCCGAUCAGUCAGUUUCAACAGGUGGAUCCGCUGACCCAUUUGUAGGGUUUGCUGACUUCAACUCUGGAAGUGGUCCCCCUCCACAAGGUACAGCUGCAAGUGGGAAUGGAGAGUUUGGUGACUGGAGUGCCUUCAACCAAGCCCCUUCCACUGGAGAGCUCUUCAGUGGCCCUGCUCAGCCAGCUGUUGAGCUCUUCAGUGGCCCUGCUCAGCCGAGUCUUGGCCAGCCUCCAGCACCUUCAAAUUCUGCUGACCUCUUUGAUUUGAUGGGCUCCUCCCAAGCCACCAUGACCUCCUCCCAAAGCAUGAAUUUCUCUAUGAUGGGUUCUAAUACUGUCAGCCUGAAUCUACCUAUGUCAAGGUCGCAGCCUUUGCAAAAUGUUAAUCCGAUGAUACAGAAGCCCAACCCACUUUAUAAUCUGGGCACAGAGAUGGUCCAGAAAAAUGCAAGCAAGACUCUACCAUCCACCUGGUCAGACCCUAGUGUAAAUAUCAGUUUGGACAAUUUAGUUCCUGGUAUGCAGCCUUCUAAGCCACAACAACCAUCACUGAAUACAAUGAUUCAGCAACAAAAUAUGCAACAGCCUAUGAAUGUGAUGAAUCAAAGUUUUGCAACCUUGAGCCUCAACUCACCACCCAGCAUGAUGCCUGUUCGAGCUCCAGCAAACCCAUUGAUGGGAGGGCCUGUCCCCAUGGGAAUGGGAUUGCCUACUGCGAUGACUGGCACAAUGAGCAUGGCUUCCAUAGGAGGCACACCUAUGAUGAACCAGGGGAUGAUGGGAAUGAAUGUGAACAUGACAAUGCCUGCUUCUGGAAUGGGCUUGCCAGGUGCAAUGGGUGUGGGUGUUCCUAAUAUAACUAUGGCAUCUGCCAUGACUCCUGGAACUGUGCAACCUAAACAAGAUGCCUUUGCAAAUUUUGCCAAUUUUAGCAAAUAGAUUGUAAACCAGCCAGAGAGAAUGAAGGAUUUUAGCUGCACAAAUAAAGCUGGGAUAAGGGUGGAAAAUACUGAUCAAUUUUUUUCUUUUUGCUUUUAUCACUUACUUUCAAGGAGUCCACAUUAAGAACCCAAAGGUUGUUUUGUAAACUCUGACACUACUAUUGUUCAAGUUUUGGUGAGAUUCAAGGAUCUUCCAAUAAAAUAAAUCAAAUAGCUGAUAUUUGUAAUGAUUAAACCUUGCUAUUGUGGCAAAGCAAUUAAAAGCCUUUCUAGAGGCAGAACCAGUUUUAACUUUUAAACUUGUGGAAAAUCUGGAAUUUAAGGAGUGGGGUGAAUCUGUUUGAAUCUAAUUUUAUACUUGAUUUCUUUUUUCCCUCUUGAAAUCUAUUUAUCAUAAUUGGAUCCAUUCCUUUUCCUACCACUGAGUAAAAUUUGAAGUCAAAGUAUGCUGAUCGAUUUUUAUAAGAAUAUAUAUUUUUGUCCAAAAAUGGCUUACAUAUGUGAUUAUGGCUAAUUCAAAGGGACCUGGAAUGUAUAUAUACUUUUGCUACUCUUCCACAACACUGCUAUACUUAUAUCCAAAUUUUUAUUAUAGACUUCUUUAAACAAUUUGCAUAUGGGUAAAGUUUGUGGAGAUUUUCCUGCUACUUUCUCCAGUCAUAUCCAAUGCAGAACUGGUAGAAGCUUCAUUCAGAGCUGCUUUAUGGUUUCUGUUCAGAGAACUCAAAAGAAAAAAAAUUAUAUAUAUAUAUAUAUAUAUAUAUAUAUAUAUAUAUAUAUAUAUAUAUAUAUGUAUGUAUGUAUGUAUAUGGUUGGAAUUUGUUUGGGAUGUUCCUUUUCUGCAGUCCUAAUUCACUCAUAACUGGCAUACUUCCAAUCACUCUUGGGACACUGUUACACCUCUCACAGCCAAAAGGCAAAAAAAAAAAAAAAUCCCCUUGAAACUUCACAAAUAAGAAGUAAUUGCAUCUUUUAGGUCAGCAGUAAACACCUUUAAACCUCUUGUUGAUAACUACAGCGUUGGAUUUUAGAUUUAUACACUUGGUGAAUACAUUUCUCUUAUGUAAAUAUGGCCUUAGCAAUUGUGGAAUCUAAUAGAGAGAAAUAAAUACAUAAAUAUAUAUAUAUAAAUAUAUAUAUUAUUAAAGGAAACCUGUAGCAGUCAGAUUUUAUGGAUUGAUGAAAACAAAGGAAAUGAAUGAAUAAAUUAAAAGCUCUUUUCUUUCUUUUCCUGAUAUAAUUCUGCAUUUAGGUUCACACAUAAAUCAUGAUUUAAGUCUGGAACGCAGUUUCAGUUUAUAUUCACAAGCCGGGGCUGCUGUUGAGAAUAAAUACUAUACUAUAGGUAUGAAACUAUUGCCUCCCCUUUCUUACUUGGAUUUUUUUAUUAUUAAAUUGAUAAAACUUUAUUUCCAUUGUAUUCAUAAUGUUCUGUUAUACAUAACAUUAAAGUGUUCAUCAACAACAA